AUGAGGGAAGGCAAUGAACCCGGUGACGAGCUGAUCGUCACCUACAGAGAGCUGCUGCAGAAGGUCUGUCAGUUCGCCAACGUCCUCAAGUCACAAGGAGUGAAGAAGGGAGACAGAGUGUCCAUCUACAUGCCCAUGGUGGUGGAGCUGGUGGUCGCCAUGUUGGCCUGUGUGCGGAUUGGAGCCGUGCACUCGAUCGUGUUUGCUGGUUUCUCCUCUGAGUCUCUGUGUGAGCGGAUCAUGGACUCGGAGUGCUUGCUGCUCAUCACUGCAGACGGCUUCUACAGAGGAGACAAACUGAUCAACCUGAAGACUCUGGCCGACGACGCUCUACAGAAAUGCAAAGACAAAGGGUUCAGUGUGAAGAGGUGCAUAGUUCUGAAGCAUUUGUCCAAAGAGACCGAAGAAGGGUCCCAGUCUCCACCGGCCAAACGCUCCUGUCCCGAUCUACAGGACAAUCAGACAGGCAGAGUAAAGAAAAGGCGGCCGGUCCCUCAGGUGUCGUGGAACCUAGACGUAGACCAGUGUUGGGACACACUGGUGAAGGGAGCCUCGGACCAGUGCGAGCCAGAGUGGUGUGACUCCGAAGACCCUCUGUUCAUACUCUACACCAGCGGCUCCACCGGCAAGCCCAAGGGCGUCCUCCACACUGUGAGCGGGUACAUGGUCUACACAGCCACCACCUUCAAACUGGUGUUCGACCACCAGCCGCAGGACGUGUACUGGUGCACCGCGGACAUCGGCUGGAUCACCGGACACUCCUACAUCACAUACGGGCCCCUGGCUAAUGGGGCCACCAGCCUCCUGUUCGAGGGGCUGCCCACGUACCCGGAUGUGGGACGCAUGUGGGAGAUUGUGGACAAGUAUCAAGUGACAAAGUUCUACACGGCUCCAACCGCCAUCAGGCUGCUGAUGAAGUACGGCAGCGAGCCAGUGCACAAACAUAAGCGUGACUCGCUGAAGGUCCUGGGCACAGUGGGAGAGCCCAUCAACCCUGAGGCCUGGCACUGGUACUACAGCGUGGUCGGCGACAAGAGGUGUCCCAUCGUCGACACCUUCUGGCAGACGGAGACGGGAGGCCAUGUUUUGACGCCGCUCCCUGCAGCCACGCCCAUGAAGCCUGGAUCCGCAACGUUUCCAUUUUUUGGAGUUGUUCCCGCCAUCUUAAAUGAGUCCGGCGAGGAGCUGGAGGGACCCAGUGAGGGAUACCUGGUUUUCAAACAGCCGUGGCCGGGCAUCAUGAGGACUGUGUACGGGAACCAGCAGCGAUUCGAAACCACAUAUUUUAAGAAGUUUCCCGGAUAUUAUGUCACGGGAGACGGCUGCAAAAGAGAUAAAGAUGGUUACUACUGGAUCACUGGGAGGAUAGACGACAUGUUGAAUGUGUCUGGGCACUUGUUGAGCACGGCGGAGGUGGAGUCUGCGCUGGUGGAGCACGAGUGUGUGGCAGAGGCAGCAGUGGUGGGACGUCCACAUCCUGUUAAAGGGGAGAGUCUGUACUGCUUUGUUACGCUCCGAGAGGGAGUGGACUACGGACGCACGCUGGAGACGCAGCUCCGCAAUAUAGUGAGGGAAAAGAUUGGUGCCAUAGCUACACCAGACUACAUCCAGAAUGCACCUGGACUCCCCAAGACGAGAUCUGGUAAAAUAAUGCGUCGGGUGCUGAGGAAGAUUGCGUGCGGCGAGCGGGACCUGGGGGACAUAUCCACGCUGGCUGACACCUCUGUGGUGGAGCAGCUGUUCCAGGACCGAUGCUGCACAGCAUGA